AUGUGGCUUGAUGACGAUUGCGACAAGAGAAAAUACUUCAUCUGUGAGAGGAGCCCCGAAGGACUAGUCUGCACGUAUCCCCUUGGAAUAGAAUCUGGCGCCAUACCCGAUGCCAGCAUCACUGCAUCCUCUACCUGGUAUGGUGUUGGUCACGAGCCCUACCGCGGUCGGUUGAACGGAGUUGCUGGUGAGGGCGCUUGGUCAGUCAGUAGCAACACCAUCGGGGAAUGGUUACAGGUGGAUUUAGGAGAAAUGACGACCGUCACAGGCACCAUCAUCCAGGGUCGCUACCAUGGUAACGGCGAUUGGGUGACCUCCUACAAACUACAGUACAGUGUAGAUGGCCUUAGUUGGAUGACGUAUGCAAAUAGCGAAGGCUCCGAAGAGGUGUUUCCAGGCAACACCGACAGGAACACCCCUGUAACCAACCUGCUGGACAGUCCCACUGAUGCCCGGUACGUGCGUUUCCUGCCUCAAUCCUGGCAUGGCUGGAUGAGCAUGAGGGUGGAGGUUCUAGGCUGCAGCGUUAAUGGUAGGUUUCGGUCGAAA